AUGUGGCGCGGCGACCAUCGGGGAGCCCGGCUCGCCCAGCCCGCCCAGCCCGCGGCCGGUGCCGCAGCGGCCAUGUCGUACCUGGAGGCGGGACCGGUGCUCAACGGCGAGGGCGGCGGCUCUGGCUCUGGCUGUGGCUCUGGCUCUCGGAGGGCGCCGGGCCCCGCCAAGCGGGCGCGCGGCAACCGGGUGACCGUGGUCCUGGGCGCCCAGUGGGGCGACGAGGGCAAGGGCAAGGUGGUCGAUCUGCUGGCGCAGGACGCGGACAUCGUCUGCCGCUGCCAGGGAGGAAACAAUGCAGGGCAUACAGUUGUUGUGGAUUCUGUGGAAUACGAUUUUCAUCUCUUACCGAGUGGAAUCAUCAAUCCCAACGUCACUGCCUUCAUUGGAAACGGUGUGGUGAUUCACUUACCAGGAUUGUUUGAAGAAGCGGAGAAAAAUGUACAAAAAGGAAAAGGUCUGGAGGGCUGGGAAAAAAGACUGAUCAUUUCUGACAGAGCACAUAUUGUGUUUGACUUUCACCAAGCUGCCGAUGGCAUCCAGGAACAACAGAGGCAAGAACAAGCCGGGAAGAAUUUGGGGACCACCAAAAAAGGCAUCGGUCCGGUUUAUUCCUCCAAAGCUGCUCGAAGUGGCCUAAGGAUGUGCGAUCUCGUUUCGGACUUCGAUGGCUUCUCUGAGAGGUUCAAAGUUCUUGCAAACCAGUACAAAUCUAUGUAUCCCACAUUGGAGAUUGACAUUGAGGGGGAAUUACAUGAACUUAAGGGCUACAUGGAACGGAUCAAACCGAUGGUGAGGGAUGGCGUUUACUUCAUAUAUGAGGCCCUGCAUGGACCACCAAAGAAAAUCCUUGUAGAAGGUGCCAACGCAGCCUUACUUGACAUUGAUUUUGGUACUUACCCUUUUGUGACCUCUUCAAACUGUACAGUUGGAGGUGUUUGUACUGGCUUGGGUAUGCCGCCUCAGAACGUGGGAGAAGUUUAUGGAGUUGUGAAAGCUUACACAACCAGGGUUGGGAUUGGCGCCUUCCCAACAGAACAAGACAAUGAAAUCGGUGAAAAAUUACAAAUCCGAGGUAGGGAGUAUGGCGUUACCACCGGGAGAAAAAGGAGGUGUGGCUGGCUCGAUCUUGUGUUGCUCAAAUAUGCACAUAUGAUUAAUGGAUUUACAGCGUUGGCCCUGACCAAAUUAGAUAUUUUGGACGUUUUUCCGGAAAUCGAAGUUGGAGUUGCCUAUAAGUUAGAUGGAGAAAUCAUACCUCAUUUCCCAGCAAACCAAGAAGUCUUAAAUAAAGUAGAAGUUCAAUAUCAGACUCUCCCAGGGUGGAACACAGACAUCUCAAACGCACGGACAUUUGAAGAGCUCCCUGUUAAUGCACAGAAUUACGUGCUCUUUAUAGAAAAGGAACUUCAGAUUCCAGUUAAGUGGAUCGGCGUAGGCAAAUCCAGGGAGUCCAUGAUUCAGCUUUUCUAAGGAUUUCAGAUGCACGAAAGCCACACACUCUCCAGCAACAAGGAAAGAUGGCUCAUUCUUUAAUGUUCCACUUCUGACCUGCUCCGCCAAAGGUCGAAAGACAAAAGACAUUGAAUUGGAGAAGCAGAUGAACGCUUGUUUCCUAACAGGCUCGAUGGCUACUGAGGGGAAAAAAACUUUAGUGUUGCCCGUCUGCCCUCCCCAACUAGCAGUAUCGGCCAGAUGACCUGCCUCUUACUGCUAUUCAUUCAAAGUGCCGCUCUCUUCUUUAAUCUUUAAACCCAGUAUAAUCCACGUCCUUUGAGAAAACUAAAGCGAAGCUACUUCCAUGGUAGAUUCGCUCCAUUAAUGUCUCUGGGCUUUUGUUGAUUCUAGAUGGCCAGAACAAUUCAUGCAGUUUUUGCACAAACACUUUUACAUUCUGAUCAUUUGUAUUCUGUCAUUGUGCCCUUUUUUUGCCGUUGGAGGGAAUGAUUGGAGGUAGGGAUGCUUGGUGAUUUUUUUUUUCCCCCCUGUAAUGCUGUAAACGCUGUUUCCAUCGUGAAAUGUAGUUCGUGCAGAGACCAUUGCCUAGCUGAGCUCUGGGGGUGUGGGAGGAUAACUGAAUGUGUACAGCUUAGAGAACUUUUAGCUCUGUAAAUUAUUUAAUACGAAGGAUGCUCAAGUGUUCAGAGAGAGACAGGGUGACAUGAUUGUGUACCCUCAUGAAAAUCUUGAUAUUGUAUAUUUCAAGUCAUUAAAGAACUAUUCUGAUA